UUAUUAUUUUGUUUUUUUUAUGGAAGUAGUUAAGAAAUUGGUCUUUGAUGUUUUAUGUUAAUUUUAAUUUAUAUUUUUAAUAAAAAUGUAGGUUAUCAGCAAACUUGAAUAAUAUCAUAAAUUAUAAUAUGAUAUGUGGCAUACUAUUACUACGGCUCAAGAGUGAAUACACAGACAACACCCUUGUGAGUAACCUAGGUUAGAAUCGGAAACAAAACUGGUGUUAUGCAGUGACCGGCUUUGCAAGUUGGCAGACGCGAUGGAAAAGCAGCUGACAGUAAUAGUUUUUGAAUUUAAAAUACCAGCAGCAUGAAAUGAACUGUCUUUCUACAAGAAUCAACAGAAAUUGUAGAUUUCAGACCUGAACUAGAAGGAUCAAAGAAAAUUGUAAAUUACACACCAGAAAAAUUCAGUUCUUAUACACUCAUAAACAGAUGGAUUUGAGGAUUAAAAGGAAUAUUAUCAGAUCUUGGUUGUGGUCUAACUUAUCUUUCCAUUUAUAUCAGUAUUAGUUAGUACUCUCAGCAUCAUGUUUACUCUACGUUAUCGUUCAUUUUGUCUAGGAAUGAUACUUACUUCAUUUACUUGGUUUUUGAUUAUAUACAUGUAUUCUGACCUUGCAUAUACCAAAAGCCCAAACAUUCCAUCAUCGAGACAUUUAUUUAGAAAAAGACUGAAACCUCGGUAUGAAAAUUUUCAUCAGGACCUUAAUUCAAAAAAUGGUAAAGACAAGAACAGUCCUGGUGUAUAUGAAUAUUCAGGUUUAAACAUACCUGUAAAAGAGGAUAAUAUGAUUAAUAAUGAUGACAGUCGUGAUGAAAAACAGUUUAGAAAUGCCAGUUAUUUAGGGGCAUUAGGUAGAAAUGCUGGAGCCUUACCUUCGACAGAUCUACUGGGACUUGGUGUCAUCAGAAAUCCACAGGACCAACGGUUGAAAGAUGAAGGUGAUCGUCAUCAUGCUUUUAAUCUUCUGAUCAGCAGUCGCCUCGGUUACCACAGGGAUAUCCCGGACACUAGGCACUCUUUAUGUAAGUUACAGUCUUAUUCAUCUAGUCUUCCAACUGCUAGUGUUAUAAUUUGUUUCUACAAUGAAGCCUUGUCAACCUUGCUCCGAACGGUUCACAGCAUUCUGGAUAGAACUCCGUCAGUUCUUCUUCAUGAAAUCAUUGUUUUGGAUGACAGCAGCAGAGAUGUAAUGCUGAAAAAGGACCUAACCAAGUAUGUUGAGGCCAACCUCCCAUUGAAAGUCAAACUCCUGAAGACACCAGAGAGGGAAGGACUUAUCAGAGCAAGAAUGUACGGAGCUCAUCAAGCAACAGGAGAUGUUCUGGUGUUUCUUGACAGUCACUGUGAGGUCAACAGGAACUGGUUAGAACCUCUUUUGGAGCGUGUAUACAAAAAUCGCACUACAGUGGUCUGUCCAGUAAUUGAUAUUAUUAAUGCAGACACGUUUGAAUACACUGCCUCGCCUGUUGUUCGUGGAGGCUUUAACUGGGGUCUGCAUUUUAAAUGGGACCCAUUACCACAUCAUCAACUGAGGAAUAAAGAAGAUUUCAUCAAGCCCAUUGAGUCCCCUACAAUGGCUGGUGGCCUUUUUGCUAUGGACAGGAAGUAUUUUCAUGACCUAGGAGAAUAUGAUGGUGGAAUGGACAUUUGGGGUGGCGAAAAUCUAGAAAUUUCCUUUAGAAUCUGGAUGUGUGGUGGUCGGCUCGAGAUAAUCCCUUGCUCCAGAGUAGGCCAUGUGUUUCGACGAAGAAGACCGUAUGGCUCUCCAUUUGGGGAGGACACGUUGACUAGGAAUUCUCUGCGUGUUGCUCACGUAUGGAUGGACAAAUAUAAAGAAUAUUACUUCCAAACACGUGGUGAUGUCAGAGACAAAGACUACGGAGACAUAACUGAAAGAAAAAAACUUAGAGAAAAGCUUCGGUGCAAGUCGUUUGAUUGGUAUUUGAAAAAUGUGUAUCCCGAUUUGGGUCCUCCACCGCCACCUAAAACAGACAAGGAAAAAUUAAACCAUGUUAAACAGAAAACACAUAAAAUAGGAAAGUUUAUUGGAAAAAAAAGGACAAAACCAAGAACAAUUUCUCAGUAUCAAAUCCAAUUGACAGGAACCAACUUUUGCAUUGAAUCAGAAGAAGACUUAACCACAAAGGGUUCAUUACUGAUACUACAGAAAUGUGUUCGUACUAAACGACAGAUAUGGCACGAGACUGAGAAGAAUGACCUUCGACUGGCCGAGCUUCUCUGUUUAGAUGCUAAAGAAAGAUAUCCUCGUUUAGCAAAGUGUCACGAAAUGGGUGGAACCCAAGAUUGGAGACAUUCCAGUGAUCUAAACACUCCAUUUUACAACAUGGCAGCUGGCUUGUGUUUGGGAGUGAAGGAGGAAAAUUCUGGUGAACAUCUUAUUAUGGAAAUCUGUGAGAUUCAGAACGUUAAGAAAUGGAACCUUUUAUUUCAUAGAUAAUAGACAGGUGCUUCCAUCUUUCUGUUUCUAAGACUAUGAUAAUUCCUUUACAUAUUUAAGUACUUUUGUCUUCAGAAAAAUGCUUAUAAUUUACUAGCAGAAAGAGAAAAUGGUGUUUCUAUUCUCACCAUCAGAAGUGUUUUUUGUUUCCCAAAAUAGAAUAUCUUAUUUUUUGUCAGCAUGUCAAAAGAAAGAAAACUGUUCCGUAUUUUUCAAAAGAAUCGCAAGUAAUUCUUUGUUUGUAAUGAGCUUUUAUUGAUAAAAUUCAGAAAUGUUGAAACUGUUCUCUAAACUGGCUGAAUUAAAAGUAGCUUUAACUCAACUAA